UGCCUCGUAAUGCCGCUGAGUGAUGGUGGCGCGAGGUGACGCACAAUGCCGCCGAGAAAGUUUCCAAGCACUUGUGGAACUUGCCCACGGCGAUUGCUGUCAGUGCGAUUCAUGGAGAGGCAGUUGUCUGGAUUUGCCAGAUUCUACCCUUUUGUUGUGCUUGUGCAUGUGCGGCACACACGCAUACCUCACUUUGUUGCCUUGCCUUGGAGGAAUCGAUCGAGCCCACAGGCUUGCGAUGGCGGAAGAUAGGUACAAACCCUGGUGGGCGAUUGACAAGGCCGCAUGGCGAGAGGCUUUUGAGCCGUUCUUUAAGUUCAAGAGCAUUUCGGACCACCGUGACACGCCGUUGCCUCCCUGGAGCGAAGCCGAUGUGCAGGAGUUCAUCGAUUCUGACCCUGUCUACGGCCCUCGGCUCAAACAGGUGAGGCAAGGAGCCACUAUCGCCAAUUAUGGAGCUCUGGUCGGAGGUCUGGCAACAGCAGGUGUUGCUUUUAGGUACUCAAAAAAUAUUCCUGGAGCGUUGGGUGCCUUUCUUGGCGGGACAGCCAUGAGCUGGGCUGUUGCCGAAGAAGGAGCUAAUUUUGCAUUAGGACUUUACAAGUUCAACUGUAUGGACGUAAACCUCAAGUUUCUGGAUUGGUGGGAACGGAAGCAAGGUUGAGGUCUCCGCUUUGGAAGACGCUACAUUAACGAGGUUAAGAGUCUUAAACACAGUACCGAUGGACCUUGACAUUUUUUCAUAGCCAAUAUGAAGCAGGUUCAUCACAAUGCAACUUUUAUCGACUACUAUAUCCGGGUAUGAACUGGCUUUACUUCCGCAACUGAAAACUGGUGUUGCAUAUGUGCAUGGAUGGUUGAAGCUUACAAAGGAGGACGUAGACAGGAUUCUAUGUAUUGCACACAGUUGAAAAAAGUCAAACAUUGAGUCCUUUAAGAACACUUGCAGAUAUAACACUGUUUAUAUUUCAUUGCUAACAUAUUUUGAACUCACGGCGAUGCUUCUGCCGCACUUACCUUGCGGUUAUCUUUCCAAGGUUGCAGGAGUAACCUGAACAAUCUGUUGCCUAGUUGCCUUUUCGUGAUGCACGAACAUUACAAAAAUUAAAGCACUGGAUUUGGUUUUUCACUUCUUUACUUUUUUAAAUAUUCAAAUUGAGUUACCCAUGAUUCCAUUUUA